AAAAUCACAGAUUUUAAUUUUUUUGGUAGUUUGGGUUCAGGAUCAUUUGGCACCGCAAAGCUUUGUAGACAUCGUGAAACCGGUAUUUUCUUUUGUAGUAAAACCCUCCGUCGCAACAAUAUUGUACAUGAAAAGCAUAAAGAGCAUGUACAAAAUGAAAUCAAUAUAAUGCUUUCCACUAACCAUUCAUUUUUAGUUAAAACCUACACUACUUUCAAUACACCAUCAAAAAUUCAUUUCAUAAUGGAAUAUGCUAGCAAGAAAGAUCUUUUUUAUCAUCUUCGUGCCUCCAAGCAAUUCAGCGAAAACACUACCAGACAAAUAGUGGCCCAAAUAGUUCUUGCAAUAGAUUAUCUUCAUCGAGAAAAUAUAAUAUAUCGUGACCUUAAACCAGAAAAUAUAUUGGUUGAUGACAAAGGUCAUAUCAAACUUACCGAUUUUGGUUUUUCAAAGAAAACUGACUAUAACACCACCAGCGUUUGCGGAACACUUCCAUACAUGGCACCAGAAAUUUUAAUAUCACACAUGGGCCAUGGUAAAGCUGUCGAUUGGUGGGCUCUUGGUGUUGUAAUUUAUGAAUUAAUAACUGGUUCUCUUCCAUUUGAAAACUCUAAAGAAUUCUUAAUAAAUAGAAAAAGUGAUGUUCCAUUCCUCCCUAUGAAAGACGAACUAUUCUGUGAUGACCUCAAAGAUCUCAUCAUGCAAUUACUUCAAAUUGACCCAUUAAAGAGAUUGGGUACUAAAGGUGGCGGCCAAACAAUUAAAAAUCACAAAUGGUUCUCUUCAAUCAACUGGGACGAACUCGAAUCAAAGCUAAAUAAUGGUCCAUUG